CCUAAUACUUACGCUUUCAAAAUGUCUGGACCGAGAAGGCCUCCCCCUCCAAUUCCCAGACCAGGUCAUGUGCAGGUUGUGAGGGCUUUGUACAAUUAUACAGCUCAACAGCCAGACGAGAUCAGUUUUGAGGAAGGAGAUAUUUUGUACAUAGUCGAUAGGAGUGCUGGACCAUGGUGGAAAGCCAAGGUUGGGAACAAAACAGGACUGAUACCAUCUAAUUAUGUUGGUGAACAUACUGAAUCAGUAGAAAAUCCCUUACAUGAAGCAGCUAAAAGAGGAAACAUGGGCUUCCUUCAAGAAUGCCUGCAAAACAAGGUGUCAGUCAAUGGUCUUGACAAGGCUGGCUCCACCCCUCUUCACUGGGCAGCACAAGGAGGACACACAGAGUGUGUAAAAGUUUUGCUUGCACAGCCAAGAAUACAGAUCUCCGUCCAGAACAAGCUUGGAGACACUCCUUUGCAUUCAGCCUCUUGGAAAGGUCAUCCAGACAUUGUUGAAUUACUGCUAGAACGAGGAGCAAGAACUGACAUCCGAAACAAUGCAAAGCAAACUCCUUAUGAUCUAGCAAGAGACCCAGAAGUUGGAAGACUAUUACGAGGAGCUGUGGAAGCCCCAGGUGCCGAUGACUAUGGAGAGGAAGAAGACUCUGAUUAAACAGACAAGGUCUGUGCAAAAAGAGGAGUUUAAAAUAACUGUUCACUAGUGGAUGAAAGACAUAGACAGUUUUUAUGUCGGGAUACAAUUUCCAAAUAUGCUGUUACAGCUAACUGUUUCAUCCAAAGAUAAGCACUGCUCUACUUGUAUUAUUGCACAAGACAAUCACAGUUUCUUUGAGAAAAUAUGACAUCCAUGCAUUACUUAUUUGUGCAUUUUAUAUUACUAGAUAGUAUUUAUAUAGCAAAAGUGAAUAUUGAUGAGCUUGAAUGGUUAACUACCAAGGCAUUUGACAUUAAAUGAAAACGUUUUUUAGGAUAACAUCUUCAUGCAAGAAUUUAGAAAGAAAACCAACUGCUUUGGAUCUAGUGCUGUCAUAUUGGUAGCUUUAACCUUUUCAGUCUCAAAGUUAAAAUCUAAAUUCUCCAAACUGAUUUCCAUACAUUUGUUUUGUUAGUGAUGAGAAUUUGGUGGUACAUCAACACAGUAUCUCCUGAUUGAUGAUUUUCUUUACUCUCAUUACAUGACUGCUUGAAAAUGUAUUCAUCUUGGAAGGAGAGACUAGAUGUUAAGACUAGUGAGACUUGAAGUGUCAAGCAGAAAGCAGGCUUUGUCAAUAAAUUACAAUAUGAAAAUAGAGGUUUUAUUGAAAUUUAUAUCAUGUGUUAAUAAGUGUUUUCAUACAAACAGGGCAGUUUUGAUUCUUUACUUUAAAUUUUGAAACUAAACUGAAAACUAUAAAUCUUCAUAUAUGUUUGGUACCCAGAGGGGGCAGGGGGGGGGGGACUGCGAUAUGAAAAGGACAGGGGUGCUCAAUGGAAAUUUUGAAACGAACCCCUAAGAGACAUGAAGAUCCUGUUGUGUGGGCGUUACUUGGAAUUUUUUCACCCCUAAGAGGUACCAGUUCUCAAACCACAUUAUCUUGUGUCGCAGUUUUUGCAGCUCAAUAGCCUAAAGGGUGCCACAAAAGCUCUCACUGUGGACCUUUUGAGACUGGACACCCUAAGAGGAACUAAAACUGCCUUUUUAACCCGUAAAAUGUAGGAUGAGUACCCCUUCCUUUUUUUUGUAUGGGAGUACUCCCCCCACCCCGGGUCUGGUAUAGGCCUGGUAUAGACCUAGUAUAGACCUGGUAUAGACCUGGUAUAGACCUAGUAUAGACCUGGUAUAGACCUAGUAUAGACCUGGUGUAGACCUAGUAUAGACCUGGUGUAGACCUAGUAUAGACCUAUGAUAGACCUAGUAUAGACCUGGUAUAGACCUUUUAACCCCUAAAAGGUACAGUGAGUACCCAUGUCCUUUUUAUAUUGGAGUACUUCCCCCUGGGUCUGGUAGAGACCUUCAAAAUGAUUUCAACAAUUCAUUCUGUAUUUUAAUAACAGCUAUAAAUAUUGUCAUUAAUGGCACUUGCAUUGCUACAGCCAUCUGGAACAGGCAGUUCUGUUCCAUAAACUACAUGUGUGUCCUGAUCUGUUAACAGAGAAAUGUGAAAGUAGCACUAACUAAGUUGUAUCACAUGGUCUUUAUUUGCUCAUUCAAGUACUUUCUUUCUGCUGGAGGGUUUGGUUCAAAAUUAGAGUUAAAGAAUCAUUUCAAGUGGACAUCUUCAGCCUUUGGGACUGUAAUAAUUAGAGAAACAGUUUUUCACUAAAAGUAAAAUAAGGUAGAACCAAGUAAGGCACAAGCCUUUAAUAUUGGAAAGUACUCUGCAACAACAGCUAUUUUGUCCAAAAUUUUCCUCAGAAAAACAGCAAUUGACUCAAGAAUUUAGAAAGUGGGCACCUUAUACUUCAUGUCAACACCUUAGAAAAGACAAUGAGUAUAUAUUUAGGUUAAUUAGGUCUUGUUUUAUUUUUAAAAGAUUUUUUCCAAUAAAAUGUUUGAAAGAAAUUA